AUCAAAAUCUUUGCCUUCUUUCUCCACUAUCUGGCACUUCCUCUUAUUCUCCUACCUUCUCUCCGAAUGGUCGUCUCUUGGCGUGGCUUCAGCAUCCAGCAGGUGGGGCACAUGGACAAUGUCAGUCUUUGGUUUGCCUCCUUUGGCCACCUCCGACCAACUUAAACAAGGAUUUAACCGUUUGUAG